AUGGCCAAACACAUUGACACCUUGCAAUACCUGUACUCGCGUUCGGGGAGGUCGUAUUCCAACGGCCCUUUUUCAAGCGCAGCGGGUGAGUCUCGACGAGACCCAGGACAUCAACAAUCAUCUGGGCACGAGGCUUUCAACUGUCCCACACCGGAAGAUAGCCACGCCAGCGGACGAGGUAGCUCGUCCGGACGCCAUUCUCAUCGCGGUGGCUCCCAAUACGCUCCACUAGAAAGCAUUGACCACCGCUUGAGCCCACCAAAUGAUGUGGCGGCGGCGGGAACACCCGAUCCGGCUCGAGAGUUGGAACAACCUGAUAUUCAGGAGCUGAACCGUGUAACGGAAGAGUUGCAAGACGACCUGGCUCACGAAUGGACUCGGCGUUAUGAGCUUGCGGAUCUUGUAAGGGAUAUUUACAAUUCCCUAACGCACGAUCGUUCGGAUGAUCGUGCCGCUUUUGCGUUUGCGCAGCUUGACAACGAACGCUAG